GCGACGCGCAAGGCAACAACAGCUAUAGAAACCCAAAUGGCCGAGCGUGUGACAAGCGUUAGUGGGCUGUGGCAGCUGCUGCUGCUGUUGGCUGUUGGAAUCAGGCUGAGUCAGCAGGCGUCGAUCGGUGAAUCGGCCAGCGACAGUUUCUAUACGGCCGGCGUUGUUGAGUUUCGUCAAGCCAAUGGCUACGAUGCCAAUGCGAAUCUGGCCGACAAUUUGGCUGGCUAUUUGGAGUUGAUCAACUCCCCAAAUGCCAGCUCUGUAGACAUCAUGGUCUUCCCUGAGAUGACCCUCAAUGGCCUAAGUACGGCCAGCUUUGUGCCGUCGCCCGAUGAGGAGGUAACACCCUGCCUAGUCGAUCCCUCGGCCAACUACUUUGAACCGUUUCUGGUUGAGCUCUCCUGUGCGGCUCGUAGUGUAAAAAGGUAUAUUGUGAUCAAUAUCAAUGAGAAGCAACUCUGCUCCGACACACCCGAGGACACGCGUCCUUGUGCCUCCAAUGGACUAAAUACCUUCAAUACGAAUGUUGUCUUCGAUCGCAAUGGAACUGUUGUCUCCAGGUAUCGCAAGGUUCACUUGUAUGGCGAGCCAAGGAAUAGCACUUUCGUGCCAGAGUCAGUCAGCUUUGAGACGGACUUCAAUGUGACCUUCGGACAUUUCAUUUGCUUUGACAUCCUCUUCUAUGCUCCAGCACAUGAGUUGCGUCUGAAGCAGGGCGUUCGGAACUUCGUUUUUCCGACCAUGUGGUUCUCUCAGCUACCGUUUCUCACAGCUGUUCAAGUUCAGAUGGGCUGGUCUUAUGCCAACGAUGUGAAUCUUUUAGCUGCCGGCGCCAGUCACACGGAGUACGGCAGUACUGGAACAGGAAUCUUUAAUGGAAGGCAGGGAACUAUCACUAGUGUUAUGAAGUUGGACGAAGGUGAGCGUCGCAUCUAUGUGGCCCAGGUGCCCAAGUUCCAGAGCUCAGAGGUUAAGGGACGUCGACAUGUCUUGAGUCAGAUUCACAUGGCAGGCCAGAAGCAAAGACUUAGCCAGAGUCAAGAGCAGAGCUCGCUAGCCCGAAGUAGGUCGGGAUUCGUGAUGAAGCGGGAUACACUUGAGCUGUACGAGAGCGUACUACUGCCGCAGGAAAGCAACGUGACAAAGGAUGUUUGCCAUGAAAAACUCUGCUGCCAUUUCGAGUUGGAGUGGAGUCCAGUCGAUACAGGAGCUGGCAAUGAAAGCACUUUCGGUUAUCGCCUAGCUGCCUACGAUGGCUGGCGCAAUGAGCAGGAUGUGGAUAAUAACUAUGUGCGCAAUUGCGGCAUCUUUGCCUGCAGCGGUCCCAACAUUAAGGAUUGCGGCUUGCUGCUGAAGGCGAAUGACUUAAAUCACAACUUUAGCCGGUUGCUCAUUGAGGCCAAGUAUCCCAAGUCUCAAGAGUUUCUUCUGAUGCCAAACAGUGUGAGGGACAAUCUGUUGCCCCUCGAGCCAUCGCAGUUCGAGUGGUCUGUCCAGGAGGAGGAAAAGAGCCAUCUGCUGAGUGUGCGCUUUGCCCUAGUUAAAACUGAGGCGCUGUCCAACCUAUUGACCUUCGGAAUCUAUGGGAAUUAUUACGAUGACAUUUGUACCUAUGGCACGGGCACCCCGGAGAAGGAUAUUCAAUGUGGCUUUAAGCCUAUUAAUGAUGGCGCCGCCGAGCUGCGCUUCUUUGCCAGUUGGUUGCAUUUGCUUCUGGCUGUGGCUUUAAUAGUUCACCUUAGAAAUUAGAAUCUUUAUCUGUUUAAUUUUUCUGUGGGGAAGAUCUUUGGCAGCAGGAUGCGGGUCUACGGGCCAAGCCAUAAAUAAUUUUAAAGAUAUUCUGGAAUUCAUUAUGAAGCUUUGAAAACUUAUAUAUUAUAGUUACAUUUAGACUAAAGUAAGAAAGCCUCAAGCUAACAAGAAAAUUGGGUUGAGUCGUGAAUU